GGAACUAUUUGCGCGUGCUCUCUUUCCUUUUCCGGAGUUCACGUUUGUUUGUUUUGUUUUUGUUCAUCCUGAGUUACACACCCUGAUCGUUCGGUGGGGGACAGAAAGCGUGUCUGAUUUUUAAAACAUAAACGAAACUGACAAUAGGAUGAGACGUUACAUUCGGAACCGAUUCAACAAAGUGAGAAGAUCACGGGUCGUUGUUUCCUGUGCCAUGACUGUAAUUUCUACACACGUUUGCUUUUAAAUCGCCCCCCAAAAAAUCGCGCAGUGCCCUGCCCGUGUUGGAAUCUCGCUGUGCAAGAGCCCCAUCUCCCCCGAAUCCUGAGGUAAAGGAAGCAAUGGAUUCCAGUGCAGAUGCUCAACAUGGUGACACUCCAAUUUCAGAAACGGAAACCCACCAACUUGCAGUUCCAACACAAGCACAGCUUGCAACUAUUGCACAGGUAACCAUGCCUGGAAUCCAGUCAACAACAAGUCCAGCGGUAACUUUGGUGCAGUUGCCAAAUGGGCAGACUGUUCAAGUCCAAGGAGUUAUUCAGGCAGCUCAGUCCUCAGUCAUACAGUCUCCUCAAGUUCAGACUGUCCAGAUCUCUACUAUACCUGAAAGUGAGGACUCCCAGGAGUCUGUGGAUAGCAUGACUGACUCGCAGAAACGUAGAGAAAUUCUAUCAAGACGGCCUUCAUACAGGAAAAUCCUGAAUGAACUCUCUUCUGAUCCCCCUGGUGUGCCAAGAAUCGAUGAGGAGAAAUCAGAAGAAGAGUCUGCCUCAACAGUUACUACAAUGACAAUGCCAACACCCAUCUAUCAGACCAGCAGCGGGCAAUACAUUGCUAUCACACAGGGGGGUGCAAUUCAGCUGGCCAACAACGGUACAGAUGGAGUACAAGGACUCCAGACGCUAACAAUGACCAACGCAGCAACAGCCCAGGGUGGAGCAGCCAUCGUACAGUAUGCCCAGAGUCCUGACGGACAGCAAAUCUUUGUACCAGGCAGCCAAGUGCUUGUACAAGGUGCAGCUGGAGAUGUCCAAACCUAUCAGAUUCGUACAACUCCAAACUCCACUGCCGGCCAGGGAAUGGUGAUGGCAUCUUCACCAGUCCUGCAAAGCCAGCCCCAGAAUGCUGAAGAAACCACUCGUAAACGUGAAAUCCGCCUCAUGAAAAACAGGGAAGCAGCUCGAGAGUGCCGUCGCAAGAAGAAAGAGUAUGUGAAAUGCUUGGAGAAUCGGGUUGCUGUUCUGGAAAAUCAAAACAAGACUCUCAUUGAGGAACUGAAGGCACUCAAAGACCUGUAUUGCCAUAAAUCCGACUAGCACGCCACUGUCAUUCCUGCAAAUGAUCAACAGACUUGCCCCAAAAGACUAUUGGCAUGAGCUGGGCGACUCUGCUACCUUUUCUAAUGAUUUCUCUCCUCCAUGGGAAAAAAAAAUUUAAAAAAAAAAGACUGCAUGGAUGCAGUUCCGGCAGCUGCAUGCUCAUGCACCAGGGGAUCAUGCAUCGGAUUGCGGGAUCCAGCCUGGUCAAAUCUCUCUCUGUUCCAAACUCAAGAUAGCCUGGAACCUGGUUUGGGCAAUUUUUUUUCACAUGAACGUUUUUAUAUAAAAACUAACUUAUCGGUACAAAAAAAUUCUUGUCUAGUGUGACCAGGAAAGAUUACAAGCAAACAUUUUUGUUUAUAGAAUGUCUUUUCACCUCCCUUCCCCACCCCAUCAUUGUUUUUUCUUCUUGUUACUGUGGGGUGCAAUGUUGCUGCGGUCAUCCCCUUGGGGUAGGAGUUGUGUCGCCUCAGCCUUGCUUUUGUGGCACAUUCAGGCCUUCAUGGUUAAAGGCACAUACCCGUGAGGCAACACGGAUGGCUAUGCAGUCGUCUUCUCGCCAAGCCAUUCGUAGAAUGCGUCAAAUUGCAGCCCAGCGACAGUUCAAAACCAACCAUAUAAUGUUGCUCCAGAGGCCUGUGUUGGGGCUGAAGAUCCCUUUUAUCCUGAAAGUUGUGGAUCUUGUGCACCUAAACUGCUUUGCUUACUGGCCAUUCAAUUAAUCACGUUUUUUAGUCUGAGCUUGAAUUUUAAAAGUUGUGUUGGUUUGCAUUAUAUACAUAUAUAUUAUAUAUAUAUUUUCCUCUCUUUCUAAACGGUGUUGUGAUCCAGCCAGACUGUUCUGUCAAUCAAACUGAGCUGACUGAACCCCUGCAUAAGGCUGGAAGGAAUGUUAAGUUGUGUAUUUAUCAUUCAACCAGAAAAAGUAUGUGAGGGAUCGAACCAGAAAACCAAUUAAUGCUGUAAAACAGCACCCUGAACGAAGUGGGUGUAAAGUGCUGAUUUUUUUUUUGGGUGGGGCAGAUGAAUUGUUGUGAAACUGGUCACCUUGUUUGAUGCCUUUGCACUGUAUUAAUAACACUUUACAUUUUUAUACUGUAUAUAUAUUUCUAAAAGAAGUGUGACUCUGCAAGGAAAAUAUAGAACUAGAAAAGGCUAAGGGUUUGUGAUAUAACCCCUUCACCGCUCUCAGCAGAGAGCAUUGCUGUUCCAUCAAUUUGAGGCUCAGCACCUUGAUUUCCCCCCCCCAUCCUGCAAAAUAAACUAGCCCAGUGCAAAUUUUAAAA